AUGGACGCCUGGGAGGCCACCAAGGUGGUGUUCGACCGGGUGCGCGCACUGGACCCCGACAACGCCUCCAAGAUCACGGGCCAGCUCCUCAUCCAUGACAACAGCAACAAGGAGCUCAUCCGCCUCGCCUUCGGCCCUGAGCACUUCCUCCACGCCUUCGUAGCCAGCGCGCGCGCCGACCUCACCGGCAAGCCUGAGUCCCCGCUGUCGCCCAUGCUCGGCCCACUACAGACCAGGCCACCCUGGGGCUUCCCGAGCCCUGGAAGCUGCGACCAUCAGUCGCCGACGCCUUUCGCCGGCGCCGACCAUGUCGGGUAUGAUGGCGGCGAUGCGUUCUACCCCGAGAAUGAGCACGACUGCUGGUCCCCGGUGAGCGGCGGCCACCGCUGGAGCUUCUCGCUGAGCGACGCCGAGGUGGCUGUGUGGAGGCCGUGCAUGUACUCUGCGCGUGGCUAUUGCAAGUACGGCUCCUCCUGCCGGUUCCUGCACGGCCUGCCCGAGGACGACGCGGCGGCGAAGGAGCGUGAGAUGGAGGCCAUGCGCACCAAGGCAUUGGCCACCGGGCGGCCGCAGCAGCUCAUGGCGCCGGCGUUCCCCUUCUCGCUGUUGCCGCCCAAAGGCAUCAACCUCAACUUCUUGCUCCACCACCACCAGCAGAACGAGCCGCAAAGAGUGGCCAUGCUGAUUGGCGGCGGCGACAUGCCCAGGUUCCCGGUGCGCUCGGCUCGGAUGGACUGCUGCGACCUCAUCGCCAGCCCCGCCGCGCGGCAGAUCUACCUGACAUUCCCGGCCGACUCCAUCUUCAGUGAGGAGGACGCGUCCAACUACUUCAGCAUGUACGGGCCGGUGCAGGACGUGCGCAUCCCCUACCAGCAGAAGCGCAUGUUCGGCUUCGUCACCUUCGUCUACGCGGAGAGCGUGAAGAUCAUCCUGAACAAGGGCAACCCGCAUUUCGUGUGCAGCGCGCGCGUGCUCGUCAAGCCAUACAAGGAGAAGGGCAAGGUCCCCGACAGGUUCAGGAAACUGCAGCACCCGCACCAUGGGGACUUCGCCGGCUGCACGUCGCCCACAGGAUUACUUGAUUCCAGGGGUCCCUUUGAUCUGCAGCAGCCACAGAUUGGACCAAGGACGAUGAUGUACCGGAACAUUGUUGCUAACCAUGAGGCGUAUCUGAGGAGGAAGCUUGAAGAGCAGCAGCAAGCGGCCGAGCUGCAGCAAGCCAUUGAGAUGGAGGGACGCCGGUUCAUCGGGCUGCAGCUCCUUGACCUCAGGAGCAGGGAUCACCAUCUUGGCUCCCCCAUGCCUCUUGGACAAUCUCAAGGUCAACUUCUUAACCCAGACAAGUUCUUGGCUCUUUUUCAUCAGUGAGGUGCUUCCAUGUUGUGACUUCCAUGGUUUCUGGUUGUAGAUAUGAAGCUGAAUAGUACUAGGCUUUCCAUGAGUGCGCCUUCAGCUGCUGCUAUCUCUGCAACUAAUGCAGAAGGCAAGCACGAGGAGCAGCAGGUAGAGGAUGGUGAUGCCAGUCCCAAGCAAACGGUCAGCCUUGGGGAAGAUGAGAAAAGGGAAUCUAGUCCUGUGAAAGCAACACAAAUUGUUGCUUGUGGCUUCCAAGAAAGUGGCGUGGUGGAUGACAUUUUGCCCGAGAGCCCCUUUGCAUCUCCCACCAAGGCCUCUAUUGAUACUCAUACAAUAGCUCACAAUGGCAACAGCAACAACAGCAGCGCUCAUCAUGUGGCUUCAUCCCUUUUCCCACCUACAUCCACCCUUGAGCUGCCCCCAUACAGGUCCUGCUGA